GGCGAAGCUGUUUUGCGGUGUCCACUAAGCCAUCGACGCGCUUAUCGGUUUUUUGCGAGAACGCGGUUGAGGGGAAGCUUACAUGAGUUCAGCAGCUAGUUGCUGGUGCAAAACCUUAGCCAGUCCCUGCAGAAUCGCCGAAUGGGAAAUGGCGUUCCCAAGGAGUCCUGCUUCCACCGUGAGCAGCUAUGCUUCUACUCCGACGCUGAGUAGCUGCCCCAGCUCCUCCAUCUCCACAGGCUGCAGCACCCCUGCCACCCCAAACCCCUUUGCCGUCGCGGCAAUAAGCCCCGCCGCAAUCCAGCACAUAGUUCAAGCCGGAUGUGCCGGUGAUCACAAGCCGGCGCUAGCAGCCACAGGAACUCCUGAAUUCACACAGGGAAAGAAGCUUCAGCAGCAUCAGGAUCACAAGCUGGCGCUAGCAGCCACAGGAAUUCCCGAAUUCACACAGGGAAAGAAGCUUCCGCAGCAUCAGGAUCUUCCGGAAUCAGCAGCGAAGUUUCCCAAGGAAGAAAACCCAGCACUAGCAAUCACAGGAGGUACGGAAUUCAUACAGGGAAAGAAGCUUCAGCAGCAUGAGGAUCUUCUUGAAUCAGCAGCGAAGUUCCCUAAGCAAGAAAUCAAUGGCUGGGAGCAUCCAGACCUCUGUUCACCAUCAAAGCUGCUCAAGAACGUAAGUACUUCUAUCAAGGAGAUCAGUCGCUGGGCAAGAUCUUCAAUGGGGUCAAAGGUGAACUCAAAUAUCCGGCUCUUGGAGUCUGUAUUUUCUUUGAUACAAGUGGUAACCUCGACAGCACCACACCCAGAUCACGUCGUCGCCAUGAUACGAGUCCACGAAGCGCUUGCUAACCUGUUGCUGGUCCUGCCCAAGAAUAUAUUCCCUUUCCUGUUGCAACAUUUCGCUCAGUUUGUCGAUGAAUUAUGCCCGAAAAGAGGUGCAUCACUAUCAGAAAGGUUUGGAAACGCACUGCAUGAUUUGCGAAGAAGCAUAAGGAGUGGUCUUCGGGUACUCAAAGACAUGAUCUUUGACUAUAAAUCUGACGUAGUCCCCCAAGGUGGCGGUAUCCAUGAGAUCACCAGAUACUUGUUAAAAUACAUCAUGUCACUUCUGGACAAUGGCACCUCUCUCAAGAUCAUACUUGUUGGUGAUGAACAGGAUGACAAGGUUGCAAUGGAGACGCUGCAAGAUACUGUUGCUACCUUGAUCUCUCACAUGGAAAUUAUGCUUGAGAAAGAAUCUCAUCGAUAUAAAGAUGCAGGGUUGAAACAAAUGUUCAUGGUGAAUAAUGUGAACUUUUUGUUGCAUCAAGUAGAAGGCUCAGAGAUAAGGCAUCUUCUAGGAGAAGAUUGGGUUCUGAAGCACCAAGACCAACUAAAGGACCACAUCUCAUCGUUCAUCAACAUUUCUUGGGAAUCUGUCAUGUAUUGCUUCCAUGUAAAGACCAACAAAAUCCCAAUCUUUUCUAGCCUACCAACACUGCAAAUAUUUAACAUGGAAUUUGAGAAAACUUACUGGACUCAAAAGACAUGGAAAGUUGAAAAUCCUCUGCUCCGGUCCAACAUGCGUAAAUCAGUAUCAGAGAAGCUUGUUCAGGCUUACAGUGCAUACCUUGAGAAUCACAAAAACAAGUAUCAAAGGCUUAUGAAGUACACCACCGAAGAUCUUGAAGAGCUGCUGUCAGAUCUGUUUGAAGGAUAAUGGUCAUAGCUAGAAAGAGGACGAAGCGCAGAUGCAUGUUAAAAAUACUAGUGCAACACGUCUGAAGGAUAAAAAAUCCCUUGAGCUAGGAUGAAGAUCAGAAGCAUGCCCCCAAAGCUUGUGGAGUAAAUAUCGAACUGUAACUGGCAUAUCCUUGAUAUGUCAGGAUUGAAGUGUACCUGAGGUUCUAUAAGUUGUGUCAUUGCGGCAGUGUAAAAUGCUUAACAUGAAAUUUCUCUAAUGAUUAUUUCGCUUGCUUGAUUGCACCA